AGAGAAUUGUUUCUAUCACACACCAGUGAUUGUAAUAUUAACCCCACUUGUUUAAGCACAAUAAAUAUUUUAUCUUCGCUAAAAUUAUUUUAAUAUACGUUGGUGAAGAAAACCCACAUUGUAAAUUUUGUUCAUAUUUUAAGUAUUUUUCCCGAUUAAAGAAUAUAACUAUGUGUGCUGAAUUUGUAUGGAUAUACCGGAUAUUCUGUUUGAGUUUAAUAUUUCAUUUGUGUUUUACAUCAACUGGGAAGCCAAAUAUUAUUGUUAUAAUUGCUGAUGACAUGGGUUUCAACGACGUGGGAUUUCAUGGAAGUGAUGAAAUUUCAACACCAAAUAUCGAUGCUUUAGCUUAUAAUGGUGUUAUCCUAAAUAGCCAUUACACUCAAGCAUUGUGUACGCCAUCUAGAUCAGCAUUUCUUACUGGAAAAUAUCCAAUUCACUUAGGAAUGCAACAUCUUGUUAUUUUGGAAUCGGAACCAUGGGGUCUGUCUCUAAAUGAAACUUUAAUACCACAGUAUUUAAAAAGAAACGGGUAUGCAACACAUGCACUCGGAAAAUGGCAUUUAGGAUUUUUUAAAAAGGAGUACACACCCACAUUUAGAGGUUUUGAUAGUCACUACGGAUAUUGGCAAGGCCUUCAAGAUUACUUUGACCAUACUGUUCAUGCUACGUAUACAUCAGAAGUUGGAUAUGACAUGAGAAAAAAUAUGUCUGUAGAUUACAGCGCGAAAGGUAAAUAUUCAACCACAUUAUUUACCGAAGAAGCAGUUAGGUUGAUUCAACAACAUGACACUAAUAGGCCAAUGUUUAUGUAUCUUUCGCAUCUCGCUCCUCAUAGUGGAAACGAUAACAAUCCUUUACAGGCCCCCGAUGAAGAAAUUGCCAAAUUUUCUAAUAUCGAGGAUCCAGAAAGACGUAUUUAUGCUGCAAUGGUGUCACUCUUAGAUCAAAGUGUGGGUAAUGUAAUUACAGCUUUGAGAGAAAAACAUAUGUUAGAAAAUUCUAUAGUUUUAUUCAUGUCGGACAAUGGAGCCCAACCCGAAGGAAUUCACGCCAAUCAUGGUUCUAACUAUCCAUUCAAGGGGGCAAAGAAUUCAGCCUGGGAAGGAGCCAUGAGAAACUUAGCCGUAAUAUGGAGCCCCCUAAUAAAAUAUCCUCAAAGAGUAUCGAAUCAUUUUAUGCAUGUAACGGAUUGGUUACCAACUUUUUUUAGUGCUGCAGGGUUGAACAAAACUGAACUACCAACUAUCGAUGGUUUGGACAUGUGGAAUUGUAUUUCUGAGGGCACAAUGAGUCCUCGGACAGAACUGAUUUAUAAUAUAGAUGAUAUCGUUAAUUAUGGCGCUCUUAGAAUAGGUGAUUUGAAAUAUAUAUAUGGCUCAACCAAUGGUGGAAAAGCAGAUAAAUGGUUUGGGAAUUCUGGCAAAAGUGAUCUUUAUAUUUAUGACAGUCAAGCAGUGCUAUCCUCUAAAGCGGCUAGUGCUUUUGCAGGUGUUAUAACCCAUUCACAAAUUAAGGAAAAAAAUAAGAUCGUUCCAGUCUUAGGAAAUGAUACUUUUAAUUUAACACUCAUAAAUAAAAAAGCAAUUUUACGUUUAAGGCAAGAAGCUACUAUUAACUGUCCAGAGGUAAGUCAGAAAUCUCAAUAUAGCAAAUGUGAUGUGAUGACUGCGCCUUGUUUGUUUAAUAUAACACACGAUCCAUGUGAAAGAAUUAAUCUAGCGAAAGAGAAAUUGAUGGAAAUGAUGUAUUUUAAAGAAGCUAUUGAAAGAUACAGGAAAACUGCUAUAUCUCCUAGAAAUGUUCCUCAGGACCCCAACGCAGAUCCAAUUAAAUGGAAUAACACAUGGACUAACUGGAAAGAUUAUGAAAAUGUAAGAAAAAAAAUAGUAAUUAAUCAACUAUCACCAUUAGCUCUGGGAUUACUAAUAUCUGCUAUUAUAGUAGUAUUAUUUAUAGUUGUAAUGUUAAUUAAUUUAAAUUUAAAACAAUUUUGGACGCGUGGGGAAAACAGAAAUAAUUGUCUAUUUAGAAGCAGUGACGAAGAUCCUAUUGUGAAUAUAGUAGACAAUAAAACUAGGUUAUUUGAAGAUAAAGAAUUACAGGCGAGAGUUUACUUAAAAGAAGAGCUAAGAACCCUUGAAUAAUGUAAUACCAAAAAGGAAUGUUGUAGAUAUUUUUUGUACAGAGCAAUAUAUUUUGUAUUUAGCCAAUAAAUAUGUGUUUGCAAUUGUU